AUGAGGCCUACCGACAGCGUAACUCUGAACCAGUUUUUUCUCUUUGGAAACUACCGGUACCGGUAUAGGCCAUCCAAUGAUUUACAACAGGGCAUUGAUCAACCUAGUCAGACAAGACGUCCAGUUGCCAUGACUCGCGCGACAGCUUGCCACGAGACUGCCAGGCGGGAUCCGCACCAGCCGAGGCCCAGGCGCGGCGCGACAUUUACCCUUUUGGGGGCGACAUUCGACAUGGCAGACUCUGUGGAUCGAGUCUUUAGCCAUGCGCUCAACACGGUCAACAAGAUACGGACAGGCUCGCAAAAGCCGCCAUCUGCAACGCGACUGCGACUCUACGGACUAUACAAGCAGGCCAUGGAGGGCAAUGUCGAUGGUAUAAUGGAACGGCCAUCAGCCACAGAUGAGACGGAGCAACGAGCACGGGAAAAGUGGGAUGCUUGGAAAGAGCAAAACGGUCUCUCGCGCACCGAAGCCAAGCGACGAUACAUUACGACCCUCAUCGAUACCAUGCACAAGUACGCUUCGCCAUCGCCCGAUAGCAGAGAACUAGUCGCCGAACUCGAGUUCGUAUGGGACCAGGUCAAAUCUAAUGUGCCCUCCUCAUCCUCCUCCUCGCCUGUACAAACACACGACCAAUUGGGUCUGCACAUGUCGCAGGGCUACUCUGAAUCGCCCCAAAUGGGCCAGAGCAGCCGCGCUGCCAUGAACAGACGGCCCAGCAGCAUCCACAACCGCGACAACAACAAUGGUGUUGACGAGCGGCCCCUACGAGUAAAAUCACCAAUGUCGCGAUCCGAAGAAGAACUCGAAGAAGAAGAGGAAGAAGACGCAGAGGCAGAGGCAGAGGCAGAGGCAGAAGCCGAAAUGGACCGCGAGGAAUUCGUCGACGCUCCAGACUCGCAAUACAACCCCACCUCCGAUCAAGACGCAGGCAUACAAACCGACUACCAAAACAUCCUCCGUCGAAAGCAUCAACAACAACCCAAACAACCACCACUACCACCACACCAAAACCCCAGCACCCCCUCCCCCGCCCCCAAAAAGAAAAAUAUCAUCCCCCAACCCAUCCCCCUGCCCAACCUCACCGGCGCCACCCCCACCCCCGCCCCUCCCCCGGAUCCCGCCGCAGACCCAAAAUGGCGCAAGAGAAUCGAAUCUUCUUUGAUGAAGAUGACGGCGGAAAUCGCCGCGCUGCGCGAACAACUCGAAGCGCGACGCCUGUUUGCGCACUCGGCGCACUACCGCCUGUUUCGCUGCUUGUAUCGCUGGGCGUGGGCGGCGGUCAAGCAUUUGGCGGUUGAUGUGCUGGUGUUGGCGUUGGUGCUGGUCUGGGCCAGGAGGAAGGGGGAUGGGCGGUUGGAGGGCGCGGUUAGGGGGCUGGUGGGCGAUGUGUUGGGGGAGGUUAGGAGGGCGUGGGAUGGGGUGAGGGGGAGAGGAGGGACGAAGAGAGCGGGCGGAGCUGGGACUGGGGCUGGGUAG